CUCUCGCCGCAAUGCCUGACGACACAGUUCGUGAAUUAUGCUGCCUCGUCAAAGGCACUUCAAAUUUCAUAAUGAUUACUAUACCCGUCGACAAACUGGUUUAUCACUUGAAGAAAAUGGCUCAUAGCGAGGUCAAAAACAGCAGUCUUCGUGGCACCGAUGCUACGGACCUAUUUGUUUGGAAACUUAAUCAACAGGAAUCCCUAACACCUGAAGAAAGCCUUGGUGAUCGCAUUUCCUCACAAGGGCAACUCUCACACAUUGCCGUCAAAUUGGAGUCGAACGCUAGGAUUGGGGAUAUUUUCCCAAAACAACCUGACUUGGGUCUCCAGAUUGUACUGCAGCAUGCACCUUCCGCCCCAGUCUUUUCAAGUACCCGGUCUGGACAGAAACGCGGGCAUGUAGCUGAUAUUAGUGCCAAUAUCAUCCUUCAAUGGUCUAAAAGAAUCAAACUCGGCCUUCCACUGGUUUCCGAGCUUCCUGGAAUCCUCGAUCAGCCACUGUCGGACGCUGAAAAGAUCCCUUUGUGCCGCUCAGAUUUUGACAGCCUUGUCUCGAGCGUGAUGGAGAGAAAAGAUAUUUGCAGCAAAGACGAUGUGGAGAAGCUUUUCCGCAUCAGUGAUGAGGAAAUUAGCGGAACACUCUACUUACUCUUUUAUAACGCCGUUCUGGGUGCCGCACCACCAGACGAUGGAACCGAGUCAUCUUUUCAUUCGUUCUGGGAUGACAACAUCCGAAAGGUCUUGGAGAUGCUCACACCGUAUGGGACGAGUAUUCGGGACUCCAAUCAUAAAACCAGUACCCAGAAACUAAGACCGGACUACGGCCUUAUCAUAGGAAGUGUUUGUCCUUUUCGAGGGGAAGAGAAACCCUCAACCAGUAAGGACGAUCCUAAGGCCGAAUUAUCCUAUAAGCUCGCGUGGGUCUAUGAACCUGUACAAUAUGUCUUUGGUUAUUAUGCCAUUGGGCCUGCCGUGACUCUCGCUGCAAUCUGCGCCCCGAAGGAACCAUCAAACACGCCAUGGGUAGAAGACCUGGCAUCCGCCGACUUGCGACUCAAGCGCGAUCGCAUAGCGCACCUGCGCCGACUCAUCAACCUUGCCCCCUAUAUCUCCUCACUACUGCGGGCCAUCGGACACCAUGGGUCCCCGGAGUUCACUCUAAUUGAACGGGAAGGAAAGUCCCUGGAAAUAGGGCUGAGAUCAAUCAAAAAAACCUAUCAUGGCGACCUUGGUCAAAAACGGGUUCGAAUGAUUAAAAACAUAUAUGAUCAACUGAAAGAGAAAGGCGUGCCUCAUGUGGAUACUCUUACAUAUGAAGAUAGUCCGGCGAUCUAUCUCGAGCCGAGAGGAAUCGACAUCAAACCAGGCAACGAGAAGGCACUGCUACAGGCCGUCACCUGUGUUCUACAAGCCCUAAAGGUUCUUCAUCAACCACCAGCUUUAUAUCAUAGAGACAUCCGGUGGCCUAAUGUUCUUCGACGGGCUGAUGAUCCCAAACUCUGGUUUCUAAUUGAUUGGGAAGAUGCAGCUGGCUCCAAUAAUACGGCAGCAGAUCAUUUGUCCCCGGAAGAACACUCACCGCGCAUUUUCGUAGAUAAUCAUGGAUGCGAAGUGGACAUAUGGGGUGUUGGGUCACUCAUUACAGAGGCUUCUGCCUUUGUGGUUAAUAUCUCACCUGAGCUGCUGAAGCUUGGCAUGUGGAUGCAAGAUGGAGGGCCAAGCGCAGAUGAUGCCCUGAUUGCUGUUGAAAAUUAUGCUUCAAAGUUCUAG